AUGAAGGCUGUGUUUCCAUUAUUGCUGACGCUCACCUCUGCCCUUUCACUGCCUCAACUCCGUCUCCAAGGCAUCCUCCCGUCCAUCAUGUCCCCUGCUGACGACGCCCCCACUCCUCAAACGCAGCCUGCAGUGCCCCUAGGAGACAUUCUAGGUACCCAGCGAUCCCUCACCACGUUCUCCUCGUUCUCGAGACUCUACGAGUCGACGUCCUCGCUUCUCCUCGACCUCAAUACAAACACGACCAUUCUCGCGCCGUCUAAUGCGGCCAUUGAGGCGCUGCCGCGCAAACCGUGGGAGGAGCCAGAGGCGGACGUCAAGUCGUAUGAGGGCGAGGGGGGACGGAAGAGGGCGCAGAACAAUCUGAGGAGGCUCGUCGAGGCACAUCUUGUGCAGAUGAGUCCGUGGGAGGGCAAGGCGACGACAGUUAGCGGCGGCCACAACGGAAAGGGUAGAGAGGUGUGGUGGGAGGAGAAGGACGGCAAGCGUGUGGUGAUGCCGGAUGGCGUUGAGGUGGAGAAAGUUGCCAGUCGCGUUGCCAACGGCGAGCUUUGGAUAUUGAAGGGCGUCUUGAACUACGUCUGA